CCACCCCCAACCUGCGUCCACUGCUCUCUCCCUCAUCCCUCCCUUUUCUUCAAAACCUCCAAAAUCUCUCUCCAAAAUCCCCGAGAAUAUUCAGCAUCCCCCAGCUCCUCUCUCUAUUUUUUCUUCUGCUUCUUCACUCCGCUACACAAAACCCUAGCUCUAAUCUUUUAAGCGACGAGGGUUUCAAUAAUCGAAGGGCACCUGGAGCGAGAUUAGAAAGUGAAGAAGUUUUAAUGGCUUCAACCAGAAAAUCUAGAGGCGUGAACAAGCGCUUUGCUAAAAUAAAUGAAGAAUGGACUGAUAAAGAUGCAACAAAUGCGAAUAAAAAUAGGCCACGCAAAAAGAAAUUAUCUGACAUGCUUGGGCCUCAAUGGAGCAAAGAGGAGCUUGAGCGGUUCUAUGAAGCUUAUCGGAAACAUGGCAAGGAUUGGAGAAAGGUGUCUGGUACAGUUCGGAAUAGAUCAUCAGAUAUGGUUGAAGCUCUUUACAAUAUGAACAAGGCAUAUUUGUCGCUUCCGGAAGGAAUUGCUACUGCUGCUGGUUUGAUCGCUAUGAUGACUGACCACUACAAUAUUCUGGAAGGCAGUGACAGCGAGCAUGAAAGCAAUGAUGUAGCAAGAACAUCUCGCAGGCCACAGAAGCGUGCUCGGGGAAAGUACCGUCUCAUGUCAAAGGGUCCUGAUGGUCCUUGUCCAGAUUUGUUGCAACUUCAGUCUGCCUCAUCAAGUUAUGCAUGCAUGUCUUUAUUGAAGAGGAAGCGUUCUGGAGAUCUAUUUCCAGGUAGCCGACCCCGUGCUGUUGGUAAAAGGACUCCCCGCAUCCCGGUUAGUAGUAUGUACAGCAAAGCUGACGCAGAUAAGAUGGUUUCAGUUGGUACACAUGGUUCUAAAUGCGAGGUUAAUACUGCUGCCGAUGAGGGUGUCCAUGUGGCAGCACUAGCAUUAGCAGAGGCAUCUCAAAAAGGAGGCUCACCACAGGUUUCUCGAACUCCAGGCAGAAGGGGCGAACACUUAGGACGUUCUCCUGUUUAUAGUGGUGAAAGAAAGGAUGCUGAUUCAGAAAUGGAUGAUUCAAGAUCUAUUGGUGGUUUCGAUGAGGAUUAUCCCGAAGUCAGUUUAGGAAGCAGGGAAGCUGAAAAUGGAGAUUUUACCAAAGAUUUAAGCUAUCUUAUGGAUACUGGUUGUGCCAGUACAUAUGAGACACACAAGAAGGAAAAGAAGCUUCAAGGAAAGCAAUCAAAAACAGCACGGACUAAAAAUGAUCAUUUUGAUGAUGACAAAGAAGCGUGUAGUGGUACCGAGGAAGGUCUUAAUAUUAGAAAUGCGAAGGAUGAAUCAGAAGUGGAGCUAACAGAUGGUAAAUCUGCUCGGAAGAGUUCCAGGAAGAGGAGUCGCCAACUAUUUUCUGGGGAUGAAAGCACUGCUUUUGACGCUCUCCAGACGCUGGCGGAUUUGUCUUUUCAUAUUCUAUUGCCCUCUUCUACUGUUGACUCUGAGUCUUCUAUCCAAGUUAAAGAUGAAAAGAGAAAUAUUGAUUGUGAUGAGAAGUCUAUUGUGCCUGAAUCAAUGUCAGCAACCCAUGUUAGCGAUAAGUCUAAAGUUUCAGAAAGAAAGGUCAGAGCACGUUCAACUGUGGUUGAGGUCGACGCUGUUACCCGAAAAAGUGCUAAACAUGCGAAAGGGAUUGUCCCUGAUGCAGUUAUGUCUACUGAAAUAAACCAGCAAGCUGGCACGUCUAAUAAUAAGUUUCAGAAGAGAAAACGAAAACCAUUGACUGGAAAAGUUUCGAAAACUGAAUUUGAGAGUGCUUCCCAGAAAAGUGAAACUCAGAAGAUUGAGGCCGCUGUUGAGGAGGGUAGGAGGUCAAAUAAACUUAAGCGUUUCAACCAAGGUACUUCAAUGGUGAAACAAGGAAAAUCUUCCAAAUCACAGGAUCGUCUUUCUUCAGGUAGUACUGACCUAGCCAGAGGUGUGUCGGAUUUAAAUGAACCAAACAUGCAAAUUUCUACAACAAACCAAGUUAGUUUACCAACAAAAGUUAGGAGUCGGCGGAAACUGGAGCUGCAGAAAGCUUUGGCGGGAAAGGAAUCAAAACCCAGUGAGAUUACUGGAGAAGAUCAUUCUGAUAGCCAUUCACUUCGAGUUAAUAACAGGAUGCUUGAUUCUAAGGAAAGACUUUUGCAUGGUCUAUCAUCUCGUCUGCUGCGCAGAUGGUGUGUUUUUGAGUGGUUUUACAGUGCAAUUGAUUACCCAUGGUUUGCUAAAACUGAGUUUGUGGAGUAUCUAAAUCAUGUAAAAUUGGGGCAUGUACCAAGGCUUACUCGUGUCGAGUGGGGUGUUAUACGGAGCUCUCUUGGCAAGCCACGUCGAUUGUCCCGCAAGUUUUUACAGGAAGAACGGGAGAAACUUGAACAGUAUCGUGAAUCGGUUAGGACACAUUAUACUGAACUUCGAGCUGGUGUUAAAGAAGGUCUCCCCACAGAUCUGGCCCGUCCUUUAUCAGUUGGGCAGCGUGUUAGUGCAUGUCAUCCUAAAACAAGAGAAAUCCAUGAUGGGAGUGUUCUAACUGUCGACCGAAACCGCUGCAGGGUACAAUUUGAUCGGCCUGAACUGGGUGUUGAAUUUGUCAUGGACAUUGACUGCAUGCCUCUAAACCCAUUUGAAAAUAUGCCUGAAGCCUUGAAAAGUCAGAAUGCUGGAAUCUACAAAUUUUGUGACAGCUUGACAGAUAUCAAGCUAGAAGGUCAACCGAAAGAUUGGAAAAUUGGACUCUCGACAAAAUCUCCUCCAAAUGAGAGUUUGGAGAUUGCUGAUGGGUCAUCUUAUAUUUCUUCUCCUAAUUAUCCAAUGAAUACCUUGAUGAAGCAGGCAAAGGGAGAUACAAUCGACGCCAUUGUACAGGCUAAGGCUGCUGUUAAUGAAGUUGUUGUUGCUGCAAAACAGGCAAUGUAUAAUCAACCUUGUACAUUGGCACAAAUACAAGCACGGGAAGCUGAUAUUAAAGCCCUUGCUGAGUUGGCACGUGCUCUUGAUAAAAAGGAAGCACUGCUGAUAGAGUUGAGACAUAUGAAUGAAGAAGUAUCUGGAAGCCAGAAAGGUAGUAGCACAAUUACUGAUUUGGAGAAUUUCAGGAAGCAGUAUGCAGUAGUGCUUCUACAGCUAAGGGAUGCCAAUGAUCAGGUUGCAUCUGCUCUGCUCUACAUGAGGCAACGUAACACUUAUCCUGGAAAUUCCACACCUCCAUGGCAAAAGUCUAUUGAUGGUUCUGCCAUUCCUGUUGCACAUCAAGGCUCUUUCAAUCCUCUGCUUCUCUCUCAGGAUUCAGGAUCUGAUGUACUAGAAAUUGUCCAAAGUUCAAGGCAAAAAGCUAGGUCUAUGGUUGAUGUGGCUGUGCAGGCAACACGUGGCUUGAAAGAAGGAGAAGAUGCUUUUAUUAGAAUUGGGGAGGCAUUAGGUCUUCCCAGUAGGAAUUCCAACUCGAGGUAUAUUCCUUCUGAGCCAGCACAUGAGAAUUCAGCAUAUCAGGACCGCCCGACUUCAUGCAAGUUAGAGGGAGCUGCUGGUCAUACUUUUAGUCCAAAACCCAAUAUAUCAAAUGAUGGAAACGAACAGCAACUUCCAGCAGAUAUGAUAUCCAACUGUGUGGCGACACUGUUUAUGAUACAGAACUGUGCGGAAAGACAAUACCCACCAGCUGAAGUUGCACAGGUUCUUGAUUCUGCUGUUACAAGCUUGCAGCCUAGUUGUCCUCAAAACUUGCCAGUUUACAGGGAGAUAGAAACAUGUAUGGGCAUCAUCAAAAACCAAAUGUUGGCAUUGAUACCAACUCAAAGUACUUGUUCUGCUGAGGCUUCGAUGGUGUAAAGAAUGAGGUCCACGCAUUGUUUGUCGUAUUUUUCCUUUGAUGUUGUCAAUCUGUCUUAUUUCAUUUUUUGCCUCAUUUUUCCCCCUGUAUUGUCAAAUGAUGCGGGAGUUCCCCGUGCAUAGCCGGUUAAGAAUCACAUAUACAUAAGCUGUGUAAUAUAUGUCAUUUUUUAAAUGCAAAUCCUCGUCAUCGUUUUCAUGCC